GUUGGGCUCAACGCGCUCGAACAAAGGGCUCUCCGGGCCGGCGCCGCAGCUUGGGACGGGCUGCCGGCCCGUCGGGCUCUAAGCCGCGCCUCGGUCCCCGCGGCACCUGCUGCCAGAGGCCCGCGGCCAGCGCGGGCUCGUGAUGGGGCUCCUCUUCGCGAAGCUGUGGAGCCUCUUCUGUAACCAAGAACACAAAGUAAUCAUAGUGGGACUGGAUAACGCAGGGAAAACCACCAUUCUUUAUCAGUUCCUGAUGAAAGAAGUGGUUCACACCUCUCCCACCAUAGGAAGCAAUGUGGAGGAGAUCGUGGUGAAGAACACACAUUUCCUCAUGUGGGACAUCGGGGGCCAAGAGUCCCUGCGCGCCUCGUGGAACACCUACUACUCCAACACGGAGUUCAUCAUUCUUGUUGUUGACAGCAUUGACCGGGAACGACUAGCUAUUACAAAAGAAGAAUUAUACAGAAUGCUGGCUCAUGAGGAUUUACGGAAGGCUGCAGUCCUUAUCUUUGCAAAUAAGCAGGAUAUGAAAGGCUGUAUGACAGCAGCUGAGAUCUCUAAGUACCUCACCCUUAGCUCCAUCAGGGACCACCCCUGGCACAUCCAGUCCUGCUGCGCCCUGACGGGAGAAGGGUUAUGCCAAGGUCUUGAGUGGAUGAGCUCCCGGAUUGGUGUGAGAUAACUGUUCCGCUCGAGAGAGACUGCUUUAUUUAUUCUGUGGACCUGGACACUCUCCCCGGCACCUUUGGCUGCUGAGGCAGCAGCAUGUUUAAUUUAUAACAACACAAACCUCUGCAAGCGACACUUGAAUCAAGUGCAGCUGAAAUGGAAACAUAAAAGAGUUUUUAACUUUUUUUUAAUGCACUAAUCUUCAGUUGGAUGAGCAUAAUGUAUGACUAUGUUUUCAGCAACAAAUUCUUCUGACUGCUAUUCUAAUUAUUCAAAGACUGCCUCGUGAGAAGUGUUUGUUAUGUAUUCAACGUUUUCUGAAGUAUUGUCACGACCCUUUCGUUUAUUGAUCCCAAUGCCCACCCCCCAUUAAUUACUAAUUUGAUAGAGUCAUAGUGGAAAUCAUCAGGUACCUCUUGCAAACUUCUCUGGCUCUGCACAUUUGCUUCCUCCGUAAACCACUUAUCGUGUGGACAGAACUUGUAACAAGUGGGGGAAGCCGCCUGGAGGGUACACACGCAAAGACUAAACAUCACAAGAAUUUGCCUUUACAUGAGUGACUCCCCCACCGUAUUGCAAAUCAUGGAAUAAUUUUGCGUUGCUAUUAGCAUGGAAAUUAAGUAGAUUAUUUAUCUGAAAGAAUGAAGGUCACUCUUCGGCCUGUGACUGGAGAGCGAGAAGUGACCCUUUAUUCACAUUUGGUCAGAAACUAAUCCCAGCUUUGAUGAUGAAUGCUGUUGGAUAAAUCUCAUGUUAAGAAUGUCACAUUAUCCAAGGCAAACAUAACUAUAUGACAUUACUAAAGCAUACCAGCGCUAAAAUGGAAACAAUACCUGGGAUGUUAUUACUAUCAAUUACAGACAACUUUAUUAUCAGCAAAAGCUUCAAAAAUCUAUUUGCUAGGGGCAUCAUAUCUGUAAAUACUAUAUUUUGAGCAAGAACUAAAACAGAAAUAUAAACAGUUCAUUUUAUUUCAUAAAUUUUGAAGAAUACCUGCAUCUGUAAUAACAUUUCUACCACCAGCAGCAUAUUACUUACUGUACCACGUGGCGUUCCUUACAUCCAUUUGAGGGUGUAGUAUAAUAGGCUAGAAACAUUGUCAUAUUUAUAGUUAUGCUUCCUGUUGUAAUAUUUUUUGCUGGAUUAUAGGCAACUGCAGAGUUUAAUCCUAGUUUUUAGACUAUUACUUCAAGACUCAAAGUUAAUACACUAACAACUUAUAAGUUUAGAAAGAGGAAAAAGUCCCAAUCUAUCAGAAGUGUAUUGGAUAGCAUUAAGUCACAAGACAGUUUUUCUAAGGAAGAAAAAUCUACACAUUGCGUACCUUAAAUUAAGAGGGAAGGACAAGCAUAGUAGUUUCAAUCCUGCUUUUUUCAGAUGUUUGAGUUUGCAAUAAUGAAAAGGUUAAAAUGCAUACUUAGAGAAUAAUACUUCAUUGUGCAGUAUUUUUUAAUUUGGGUCAAAAAAUAAGAUUCCGUGUUCAUAAGAAUAUCAAAAUACCUGUUCAGAGUCAUGGCUUAAUUUUAAUAUUUUAUUUGUAUAUUGAUUUAAAUUUUGCCUUGUUUUCAAGUGUACUGAUUUAUUAUAUUUAGUCUAAUUUAAUGUGGUAACAUUUUCUGAUUUCUGUUUAGUGGUAGCAUACCCUAGAACUGAAAAAUGUCGAAAGUAAAGCUUUCUAGACUUUGGGAACUAAUGGUUUGACUUUUUUUUUUAACCUUUUUCUUAGUGAUUCUGUACAGGUAGAGAAUAAGCUUUUUUUAUUUUUUUUUAAACAUAAUUCAUAAUCAGUAACAUGGGAACAAAGGAGACAUAAAAUAGUAUGGAUGCUUUGUGGGGUAUGGAUGUGGGUGGGGUGGAGGGAAAGUUAUUGAAAAACACCUUUUACCUAAAGCACAUUUUGCCUGAAUUUCUAUCUUGGUUAUAUAGUUCAGCUGUCUAUAUUAAAGGUAAUUCUUUUAAGUCUUGUUUUGAAAAGAAGCAUAUUCAGUACUUCUGUAACCAUUCUUAUUAUGAAAUGAUUAUCUGCCUUCUACAUAGUAUGAUUGGCUGGCUCAAUUUUCCUCAAGCAAAUUAUAUGUUUAUUUUUUGUAUUACCACAUCAGCAUUAUAUCAAAAGUGUUUUUACUAGUCAAUUGUAUUUUGUCAAACAACUACUAGUAUAUACUCAAAUUUGCUAUUUAAUUUUUAAGAUACAAUUUAUUUUGUUUUCUAAAUUCUUUUUUAAAAUAUGUUAGUUUUGCACUAGAAAUGAUUUAUGUUAACUGUGUGUUGAAGAUGAAAUCAGCAUGCAACUAGAUUUUGUGCCAAAAUCUGUGUUUGAACGUUGAUUGACUGAACAUUUUGUAAAAGUUCAACCAGGAAAUUUAUGUAAAAUUUUUUAAAAGUAUUUUAUAAGUUCUCUUUAGAUACCUUUU